AACAAGUACACGCGGGGCGCCUAGUCCACGGUUUCAAAUUUUGGAAUAAUCUUGACGUGACUUGUCAUACAGUUAUUCUAUACUAAAAUGUAUUAAAUCGACGAAUAUAGCAGGAAUUGUGAAAGUAAAUCGUCCGCAAAUCAUCAUUUAUCCCGAUUAGUGAACGAUCUGAUCGUCAACAUUGGUAAAAAAAGAAAAGAGUAUACUAUGCGGUCUAAAUUGACAAACGAGAAUACUUGGGAAACAAAAUGGACUACGGAAUCGUCGCAGAGUGGUAGAAGCUUGCGACGAACGACGAAAAAAACAGAAUCGUCGGGAUUGAGAUUGUCAAAACCCUCCAAGGGAAAUAAAGCACGGGAGAGAACUCUCAGGAGACUGGAAAGCAAUGAACGCGAGCGUAUGAGGAUGCACAGCUUGAAUGAUGCGUUUCAGUCCUUACGCGAAGUGAUUCCCCAUGUUACUAAAGAGAGGCGGCUUUCGAAAAUCGAGACAUUAACACUGGCUAAAAAUUAUAUAGUGGCCCUUACGGACGUAAUAUGUGCCAUGAGAAGCGAGGAGCGAUCGGAGGAUCAGCAGACAAACGGCUCUGAACGUCAAGACUCGUCGAACGGCGAAUUGGAAUCUACUUCCGUUCGCGUCAACAUUCCCGUUGCCUCCAGAUCCUGUGGUUCGGAGACUCAAAAUUUUUAUCAAAAUAAUCAUUCGCGGUGGGAAAAGGAUCAGAGCAAUGUUACAGGUCUCUGAAAAGUUACGGCUCUAAGCGAUACGAUCGACAAGCACGAAUUGAGAUCUCCUACAGUAUUUUGAUUAGUCUUCCCUUCCUUAAUCGUGCAUGCGUUUACGUCUUAAAAAGUUCCAAAUAUCCAACGUAAGUCUUAUCAAAAUUAACAAUGUAUUUUAUGACUGAUAUAAUAAUCUAAGAAAAUACUAUAUGUGCCAAAAAGAAAGAUAGUAUUCAUCGCAGAAACGAAUAAGAGAAUAUUAUAUAGAUAUUAAUAUAGUAAUAUUAAUAUAGAAUGUUAUAUAGUGUUUUAUUUCAGAUGUGGCACUACCAUAUAUUUUUCAAUAAUAAACAAUCUAAAGAAAAGAUUAUUUACAGAAAUAUUAUAUUAAUGCAAAUAUGUUUAUAUAUGUAUAAAAAAAUUUAACCAACUGCGCAAGUUUUUAUAUGCUUUUGCAAAUAGUAAAUGGGUUACGAAACUGUAAAAUAUUAUUUGUUAUAAAUUACUUUACAAGAAA